AUGGAUAUAAACACUCUUCCGGGAAACCCACUUCCCAAUAACAAGUCUCCCGAGGUCACACACUAUGAGAUGUUGUCGUCAAUGCCCUCGAUAUUCAUUUUACCAACUCACAUGCCCCUGCAUAUAUUACAUGAAAGUGAAGCCAAGCUUGUCAAAUAUGGAGGAUCCCUGACAUAUGACAUUGGCGAAGCAGGCUUAAUUCUGGGAAAGGUCAGCCAUAAGAAACGUGCAGUUCUAGAGCUUCGUUCACGGGGACUCUGGACUGAGGAAAUCCUUGAAAUUGGCAAAUUCCCUAAAACAACUUCGGACUCACAUCCCGAGAUACCUUCAAAACGACAGAAGCUGUCUCAUGAGCAAAGUGCGGGAAACGCCUCCAGCGAGAUUGUGGAUCUAUGCACUGACUCUGAAGAAGAGGGAAAUUCGGAAGUCAAAGCCCAAAUUGAUCCAAGUGAGGCUAUAUUGAGCACAACAGUGGACAUUGGGCACAAAGUGACUGUGCUUAGACUGGACUGGCUUGUGCAAUCUAUCAAGAAUGGGGAACCUCUUCCUAUGAGUCCAUUCCUUGUUUAUCACGGACGAAAGAUUGCAGCUCCAUUAGCCACGCCCAGUCAGCCUGUCACUAUCGUAGCUGACCAGAUCAAACAAAGAGCGAUAGAAGACGCAGCCAAGAGACCGGCAAUAGAAAAACAAACGAUUCAUCCCAGACGCUCCAGACAAGACCCAGAAAAACAUUCCAGCCAACGACACCCGCCAGUGCUUUAUCGAGAAACAACAUCUGAAAAUGAUGAUACCACUCCACUCCCACCACAACCAGAUUGGGUUCGCGACCAUGUUGUUUAUGCUUGCAUGCGAUCGGCACCUCUUCAUCCUCCAAACGAAGAGUUUAUCUUGCAACUUCUGAAGAUCCGCCGAAUCCGGCAGUUUACACUUGACGACAUCGGUGUACGAGCAUACAGCACGUUCAUUGCUGCUAUGGCUGCGUAUCCAUACUUAGUGAAACGAUCUAGUGAGAUUACUGCACUACCUGGCUGUGAUGUGAAAUUGGCCAAUCUCUUUGCAGAGUUUCAGCAUCACAAAAGUUCCACCAAUGAAGAAGGUUUUGUUUCAGCGGCACAGGCUCUGGAAACCGAUCCAAUCCUGAGAAUUUUGACUAUAUUUAACGAUAUCUGGGGUGUUGGACCAAAGACCGCGCGUGACUUUUAUUAUUCCCGAGGCUGGAGAGAUCUCGACGACAUUGUUGAAUUUGGCUGGAAUUCCCUCUCUAGGGUCCAGCAAAUUGGAGUCAAAUUCUAUGAUGAGCUGCAACAAGGUGUCUCACGCAUGGAGUCGGAAUCUAUAGCCGGAAUUGUGCGCCAACAUGCUAAUGCUGUGCGUCCGGAUGCAGACCAGCCCAUCGGGGCCAUUCUAGUAGGCGGAUACCGACGUGGGAAGGAAUCAAGCGGCGACGUGGACCUUAUUCUGACCCAUCGGGAUGAAUCAGUCACUCGGAACCUUGUUGUGGAUAUUGUGGCUAGCCUGGAAAAAGCGCAUUAUAUUACGCAUACACUCUCUCUACAUGUUGCGUCUACUCAUCGUGAGCAACAAACGCGACCAUUUAGCGCAGAGGAUGGUCACCAUUUUGAUACACUGGACAAAGCUCUUGUCGUCUGGCAAGAUCCCAAUUUCGAGAAUUCCGAAGAUCAUGACCCAUCGGAUAGUACUGAGGGUGCAAGUAACCACAAGAAGAACCCCAACCCCCACCGUCGCGUUGACAUUGUCAUAUCUCCAUGGAGGACCAUUGGCUGUGCUGUACUUGGGUGGACUGGUGAUACAACAUUUCAACGAGAUUUGAGGCGAUAUGCAAAGAAGGCUCAUGAUUGGAAGUUUGAUUCUAGUGGAAUCAGAGAACGCACGACGGGCGGUCAAGUUGUGGAUCUGGAACACGAUGGAGAUACAUGGCAGCAACGAGAGAAACUGGUGAUGGAACGUUUGGGGAUAGGGUGGAGGCCACCUGAGCAGCGAUGCUCACGAUGA